AUGGGAACUCUAACUUUCAAGCCAAUCAAGGCUAAUUGCAGCAGCACCAAAUACACAGAGAACAGCACCUUCUCCACCAACCUCAACUCCCUUUUUAUCCACCCUCAAAGCCAUGUCCUCAUUUUUCAAUCUCCACCAACCAAACUUUCGGCCAGGCCCCUGAACUCCGCCUUUGGCCUCUUCUUCUGCACUGGCGACCUCUCGGAAGACAAUUGCCAACCAUGCAUUCAAACCGCCAUCAAAGACAUCACUGAGAGUUCAUGCCCAAGCUCAAAACAAGCCAUCAUAUGGUAUGACUACUGUGAGCUACGUUACUCUGAUACCAACUUCUUUGGACUCCCAGAUACCUCUGGCUUCAACAUGACCAACCCUUUUGAGAAUACAAGUUCAUCAAGACCGGUGGAAGUGGUAGCCCAGUUGGUGAAAGAGGCUCCGCUAGAAAAUCCUAUCAUGUUCAAGUCCUUAGCUUUGAGAUCUGAAAGCUUGGAUGCUCUUGCCCAGUGUUCCUCAGACUUAACUAGACAAGGAUGUAGUGAUUGCUUGACUACCAUCUUCACAAACAUCAAGGCUUGUUGUAUUGGUGCCAAGGGAUGGAGAUAUUUAGCUCCAAGCUGUUGGAUAAGAUAUGAAGCCACUCCUUUUCUUCAGAAUGUCAAUGGAGUGAAUACAACCAUCACUCAAAGCUAUUGUUCAAGCAAUGAGUUCCCAGCUUCUAAUGGCCUGAAUGCCACCACACAGAUUGAGAGUCUUUUUGUCAAGCUUAACUGA